AUGGCUGAACAGAAGGAAAUACAGAUCCCAAAGGUUAAACUUGGAACUCAAGGGUUUGUGGUUUCAAAAUUGGGGUUUGGAUGCACGGGUUUGACUUUUGUCAAGUAUCCUCGUGCUGAAGAGGAUGGAAUCUCCAUUAUAAAGCAUCCCUUCAGUAAAGGAAUCACUUUUUUUGACACAUCUGAUAUGUAUGGAACUGAUCAUGCCAAUGAAAUUCUUGUUGGCAAGGCCUCGAAGCAGUUGCCGAGAGAAAAGGUUCAAUUAGCCACGAAGUUUGGUGUUGUAAGCUUAGGACCUUCUCGUUUGGUGAUAAACGGAACUCCGGAGUAUGUCCUGUCAUGUUGCGAGGCUAGCCUGAAGCGUCUUGGUGUCGACUACAUUGAUCUGUACUAUUAUUACCGCAUUGACCAAACAGUGCCGAUAGAGGAAACUAUGGGAGAGCUGAAGAAACUUGUUGAUGAUGGAAAGAUCAAGUAUAUUGGGUUAUCUGAAGCCAGUCCUUACACAAUAAGGAGAGCACAUGCAGUUCAUCCCAUUACAGCUGUACAAAUGGAGUGGUCACUUUGGACUCGUGUUAUUGAAGAAGAGAUUAUUCCACUUUGCAGAUAUUUCAACAUUGUGGUAUCAGAGCCCCCACUGGGCCUGAGGUAG